AUGGCCACCUCCGCCGCCUCCUCGGAGCAUUUCGAGAAACUGCACGAGAUCUUCCGCGGCCUCCAUGAAGACCUACGAGGGGUGCCGGAGCGGCUCCUGGGGAUGGCAGGGACAGAAGAGAAGAAGAAGCUGAUCAGAGAUUUCGAUGAAAAGCAACAGGAAGCAAAUGAAACGCUGGCAGAAAUGGAAGAGGAACUACGUUACGCACCCCUAUCUUUCCGUAACCCUAUGAUGUCUAAGCUUCGAACCUACCGGAAGGACCUUGCUAAACUCCAUCGGGAAGUGAGAAGUACGCCUUUGACAGCCACUCCUGGGGCCCGAGGAGACAUGAAAUACGGUACAUACGCUGUGGAGAAUGAGCAUAUGAAUCGGCUACAGUCUCAAAGGACAUUGCUUCUGCAAGGCACUGACAGCCUGAACCGGGCCACCCAGAGUAUUGAGCGUUCUCAUCGUAUUGCUGCAGAGACUGACCAGAUUGGCUCAGAAAUCAUAGAAGAGCUGGGGGAGCAACGUGACCAGUUGGAACGCACCAAGAGUAGACUGGUAAAUACAAGUGAAAACUUGAGCAAAAGUCGGAAGAUUCUCCGCUCAAUGUCCAGAAAAGUGACAACCAACAAGCUGCUGCUUUCCAUUGUCAUCUUACUGGAGCUAGCCAUUCUGGGAGGCCUGGUUUAUUACAAAUUCUUUCGCAGGCAUUGA